GGAGGUUGCUCGACAGAGAGCGGUCUUUUCAUCACCCGGCUGGCCCUGUCUUGAAGGCAUCACGUCUACGCUGUGACGCUGACGCACAGGAAAGCUGCGGCCCUGCGGCCCCCUUUGCCAGCCCAAGCUGACACUUCCGCUUUAUGCGAUGCUGCUGCUCAGAUCAGCCGACCCAUCGAGACGUGCCAGUCUUUUUGCGAUUUGUGCCCUUGUCCUCAAACCUUGUUAUUGCGCGUUGACCCUUUCAAAUCUUCUCUGCUCGUCAUUUAUAUCACGCUACGAUGCAUCUCCAGAAGCGUGACGAAGUGACGACAAUACCCGUUCCGAUAGUCGUCAACACCAGUGGAACUUUCGAUGGAAACGAUGGAAAAUGGUCGACUUUCUACAUCAAUGUCAACUCCGACAGCCAGGGACUCCAUGGUCAGAACUUCAAGGUCCUCAUAUUCACUUCCUCGCCAAUGGUCCUCGUACCGGGAAGUACUGAAUGGUGCGUUACGAAAGAAUGUGCAGAACAACGGGGUAUUCUCAUCUCCAGCGGAGGUCAGCAGCUUCUUGGGAUGGAAAAAUCAGGCAGCUGGAUGACUGCGGGACUUUUUAGUAUUCCAGUUCCUGAUUGGUAUUCUCAAGACCUGGUUCAAGGUAAUAUGUCGCUGCGCGGGGAAUGGGGGUCGACGAAUGUUGGUCUUGGCCUCAGCGACGAAUCGAGCCCCGUUCUUCAGGACAUAUAUAUCGCCUGGUAUAUUUUCAAGGACUACUACCUGGGUUCAUUCGGACUUGCGAUGGGUUCAGUCGGCGGCGACGGCGCGACCAAACCCACUUUCUUGACACAGUUCAAGUCCGUUGGCAAGAUUGCGAGCAUAUCUUAUGGCUACACCGCGGGCGCUUGGUACAGAAAUAACGAGAAGGGAGCCCCUGGUAAUCUUGUUCUCGGUGGCUACGACAAGUCUCGUAUGACUGACAAGACUUUAUCCCUCCACAUGCCCAAUGACCAGACGUACACCCUCGAGAUCGGUAUUCCUUCAAUCAUCUACUCUUCGAACCCGGGCGUGGCGGUGAACCCUACCUCCUUUACUACUCAAGGUUGUACUGGCUUUCGAGCCAAUAUCGACUCGAUGUUACCCUUUUUGAUCUUGCCCGACUGUAUCUGCGACCAAUUUGAAGCAACAUUCGGCCUCAAAUACGACGAGACCCAAAAUUUGUAUUUCGUGAACGCUUCGUCGCAUGAAAGAAACAAACAACAGAAUGGCACAGUCGCUUUCAAAAUCGCGGAGGGCCCAACCGACAGUGGUAGGUUUACAAGCGUCGAACUUGGGUAUUCUGCGUUCGAUCACUCGUGGACUCCUGUGGGAGGGAAUACAUCGAACUACUUUCCCAUCAAAAAGUCGAAGAGGGGCGUGUACACUCUGGGUCGCACUUUUCUCCAAGAGGCAUAUAUUAUCGUCGACUACGAAAACCUCAACUUUACAGUCGCUCCAGUUUACUACGCCGACCCAAUGCCACAACAAAAACUCGUGAGUAUCUACAAUCAGACAACAAAUCCUACGGCACGCUCGUCAGGAGGAGGCUUGGCUCCAGGUGCCAUUGCUGGGGCUGUGAUAGGUAUUGUCGUAGCCUUCGUUAUAGCUGGCAUUGUCGCCGUCUGUUGUUGGAGGAAACGGAAUACCAAGAAAGAAGCUGCUCAGAAGUCCUACCAAACCCGACAGAUCGAUCCAACACUAGCCGGCCAGGAGGUCAAAUAUCGGCGUGUCUCUGAGCUCACGGGCUCCGAUCUUCCGAACUCGCCAAUAACUCCACUUACUGGCUACUACUCAGUCGACCACAAAUCUGUUCCACCCAUCAGCGAGAUGUCUCCAGACAGCCCGCCAGUCGAGCUGUAUAGCCCACCCCCAGAAAGCGCGAGCGACGUCGGUGGAGGUGGAGAUUAUUUCACGCCAGGGAAGCCGCACAGGCGUAGUGUACAGAGAGACCACGCCUCAUCAGGCCAGAAUACACCUGGGACGCCCAUUGCUGAGCUACCUGGCGACGAGGGGCAGUGCAACCCAGGCGUAAGCCCAUUGAAUAGCCCGCUGCACAGUCGCGGCCCUAGCGACACGUCACUAUCAACCAACAUCGACGAAAGGCUGGCAGGCCACAAGGAGGAGGCGACAACCUCGCGGCCCACGCACCCUGCCGAGACAGCUGCAGCCGGUGAAGCUGUCGGCCCAAAGAAUGAGACGAAGGCGGAAGCCACCACUGUGACUAUUGUAGAAAGACGCCCAUCGAAUCAGCGCGGCCUUAGCCAAACCACGAUCGCGAGCGACAGCACAGCCGUUUCACAGCCCACGCCAGAGGAGCAGAUACGCUGGGCUAGCAAGCCUCCCUUAGGUGGGUGACUAUUAUCCCAAUGAAGAAGGAGUCGAACUGGUGUGAAGCAUCUCUGUGGCCUUGUAGUUUGCCUGUUCCCCAUCGUUGUUUAUUUGUUGUCGGCACUCGUUGAACAUAUAUUCCCCUUGGGGGCUGUUUCAUGUAUUGCGUUGCGCUCAGAUAUCUGAUACCCACUAGUACACUCUUUAUGAAGAUAAAAAUGUAAUGUCACAUGUUCUACUCCCGA